UCCAAUGAUAAGAUGCCUCUGGUGUUAUCCCGAAUGCUAUCACUUAACGCUACUGUGAGCCUCCCACUUUCGAACCACCGCUUAAAGCUAACAUGCGCAGCAUUAUCCCCUCCGGUAUGGAAGCAGAGCCGCCGGCGAUUGAUCACCGUCUCUUUAUUCCUCUCCCGCUUCCUCCUCCCUAAUGAUGCCAUAGCAGGUAGUUUAAUUGAUAAGUACGUCAAAAGGAAGAAACUUGAUCCACUUGAAGCAUAUGUACCACCAGUUUUUCUAGCUCAGCUACAGAUCCAAGAUCUUGAGAAAUUUUUGAAUGUGGAGAAACCUGAAUUCGAGGCUUGUAGAUCGUUACUGCGGUCUGGUCCUGCUAGCUCUUUGCGUGUAAACAUUCGAGCCGUUGCUCAGUACGCUUCAGAUGCUGGUUAUUCCGAAACCGCGUCUGCUGAUGUUGAUCGAUGUCUAAGAGCAUUGGAAGAAAUGGAUUCGCUGUUUCUACGUGCGUCGAGGAAGGAUCCAAAUGCAACUGUUGAAUUGAUGAAGUCACAGCUUGGAACAGCUUUAACCGCACUGGAUAGUCUUCUACAAACAGUUCCUUCUCCAGUGCUUGAUAAAGGGAAAGCUAUGGCGGAAGUCUACAGAUCACCAUCCGAACAAGACGAUCUUUCAGAGUCCUCUGAAAUACAGCAACUCCAGUCGAUACUGUGAGUGAGGUCCCAACAUGGACUUUUACUAUCCGAAAAUAGUUCUUGAUCUUACAACAUUGGUAUCCAAAGCUUCUGAUUCUGUGUAUGAUCAUGUAUUAUUAACCUCAACUGGUGAAGGAAAUAUAACAUUUGCUUAUAAUAAAACCUCAAUAGAGUGACUUCUUACCAUAUUUGCAU